AUGGAGAGCCUUAGAGAUCUCCGGAGAGCGUCUGUUUUUAACAGAAUUCCAGAAGUCGACGAAGAGCAUGAGAAAGUAUCGACAGACAAUGAAUCCGUUGCUAGCUCGAAGAAAUCAAGAGCUUCCGGGAACAGGAGAAAUACAAUCACUAGAAGACCUUCAGUGGCUCCUAAGAAUCCGAAGAAAAUAGUUGUUCCAGCGGGUUAUUUGAGCAGGCGACACUCUGAGCUUCUCGGUAUCGCGGACGAUAAAGAGAUCAGCGCCAAAAAGGUUCAAAACUGGUUUCAGGAAAUCGGCAACGAAGCGAUUCCAGAGAGAGUGACGACAAACAGAGCAAACUGGUUUCAACUUGGCUGGGCACAAUCGGACGCUACUGACAAUCUUAUCCUUCUCAACUCUGAUAUCUCCAACAAAAACUUUGCCUGUUUCUUGCAGCAAAAAUUCAUAGAAGCGAGCGUCUCCAGGGGAAAAAGCGAUAUAUACAUUGUUUCCAGCAAGGGGGAUUUUUUCAACUUCACAAAAGUCUCCAACAGACAGCCUCUCAGGCGACUGAAUUCGCUGCUGCAUACGAAACACGAACAUUUCCUCGUAUUUUCGCAAGAAAGAGAAGCAUUUGUAGUCAACUUUCCUGUGCAUCUGGUGCAAUCGGAAUAUCCAAAGAUUGUCGAGGCCCUGCGAAGGAUCGAUAGAAUCUCGACCGUGAAAGAUCUCUCAAACUAUAUCGAAGCCGAGAAAAUCGCCACUAAAAAGCCUCCACCAGUUAGAAAGGGAAGUAUACAAGUGAUGCCAAUGACAAAUUCGACCGAUGCUCCUGUCAAAACGAUGAACAGACUUCAGAAUAGAAGAAAUUCACGGAUAACAAUUUCUGCAUCUUAG